CGCGACUCAAGACUGGAGGGUGGUAGCUCGCAGAUGGACCUGGUAGUCGGCCAGCGAGCAGCAUGGAGGCACCCUGGGGGAUCGACAACGCUGAGCGGGGCUGGUACGUCUCUGCCCAGCAGCCCGAAGAGGCGGAGGCGGAAGAGUUGAGCCCGUUGCUAAGCAACGAACUUUACAGACAGGGACCCCCAGGUGUUUCAUUUGGUUUUUCUGUGUUUAAUUUGACGAAUGCCAUCAUGGGAAGUGGCAUCCUUGGCUUAGCUUAUGUUAUGGCUCAUACUGGCAUCCUUGGAUUUAGUUUCUUGCUGUUGAUAGUUGCUCUCCUGGCUUCUUACUCAGUUCACCUCCUGCUUAGUAUGUGCAUUCAGACAGCUGUGACAUCUUAUGAAGAUCUUGGACUCUUUGCAUUUGGAUUACCCGGAAAGGUGGCAGUAGCAGGCACCAUCCUAAUUCAGAAUAUUGGAGCUAUGUCAUCUUACCUUUUAAUUAUUAAAACAGAGCUUCCUGCUGCUAUUUCAGAAUUUUUGUCUGGAGACCAUACUAGGUCUUGGUAUCUCGAUGGACAAACACUGCUAAUAAUCAUUUGUGUUGGCAUUGUGUUCCCUCUUGCACUUCUUCCUAAAAUAGGCUUUCUUGGCUACACAAGUAGUUUAUCAUUUUUCUUUAUGGUGUUCUUUGCUCUUGUGGUAAUGAUUAAAAAAUGGUCCAUUCCUUGUCCUCUGCCAUUAAAUUAUAUAGAGCAAUACUCCCAGAUUUCAAAUGCUACAGAUGAUUGUAAACCAAAGCUCUUUCAUUUCUCCAAAGAGAGUGUUUAUGCCAUACCUACCAUGGCUUUUUCAUUUCUCUGCCAUACCUCAGUAUUGCCAAUAUACUGUGAACUUCAAAGCCCUUCAAAGAAAAGAAUGCAAAAUGUAACCCACACAGCAAUUGCUUUAAGUUUUCUCAUUUAUUUUAUAUCUGCACUCUUUGGGUACCUCACUUUUUAUGACAAAGUGGCAUCAGAAUUACUGCAAGGUUAUAGCACAUACUUGCCCCAUGAUGCUGUUCUCAUGACUGUGAAGUUAUGCAUACUAUUUGCUGUGCUUUUGACAGUCCCUCUAAUCCACUUCCCUGCAAGGAAAGCUUUAAUGAUGAUGUUUUUCUCCAACUUUCCAUUCUCAUGGAUUCGCCAUUCUUUGAUCACUCUAGCAGUCAAUAUUAUCAUUGUUUUACUUGCAUUAUAUGUUCCUGACAUUAAGAAUGUAUUUGGUAUAGUUGGUUCCAGUACAUCAACGUGUUUGAUUUUUAUAUUCCCAGGACUGUUUUAUCUUAAACUUAGCAGAGAGGAUUUUCUCUCAUGGAAAAAGCUUGGGGCUUUUGUUUUGCUCAUCUUUGGAAUUUUGGUUGGGAAUUUUAGUUUAGCACUAAUCAUUUUUAAUUGGAUUAAUAAAUGAAAGAAAUAUGUUCCUACUUAUGAAGAAUAAUUUACCUCUAUAUGCAAAAAGGAGUAAUUCUGGAAGGCAUCUUGGAUAAAUCCUUUUUAUAUGGGUAAACAUUUUUGUAAACAUUAUUAACAAAAGCAGAACAAAGUGGGAGUAGGUAGGGGAAAGUGGGUUUAUAACAGUUUUAAUUAAAAUAAAUUCAAAAUGUUCUUCGAUAUAUUAGGUCAAUCUUUGUGGUUUAUUUUUUAAAAAUUAAUAGAUUUUGUUUUUUCAGGUCGAUUUAAUGUUUACAGAAAUAUUGAGAAUAUGCAGAGUUCUUCUAUAUCCCCUCACUGCCAGCACACCCAUAGUUUCCCAUAUUAUUGACAUCUUGCGUGAGUGUGGUGCAUUUGUUACACUUGAUGAGCCAAUAUUGAUACAGUCUUAUUAACUGCAGUACAUAGUUUAUCUUAGAGUUCACUAUUGAUGCAAGCAUUGGCAACCACUGAUCUCUUGACUGCCUUCAUAAAAACUGUGAGCCUUUCCCUGUGAGCCUUUCCUAGAAUGUUAUAUAGUUGGAAUUAUAUAUUAUCUAACCUUCGAGGCUGGCUUCUUUCACUUAACAAA